AUGACAGAAGAUGAGGAGCCUAAGAAAUUGUUAGAAAUCCAAAGGCUGUCAGUAAUUCCUCCACCUUUUCUGACUUCCACACUAGAACCCACCACCGAAACUCCAAAAGACGUAGCUCAGCACAAAUCCCUAAUUCAUCUUCCUUCUCCUGAGGCCAACAAGGCCGAUGAUUCCAAAGACCUUGCAAUUAUUGAAAGGUCCAGCAACCCAACAAUCUCCCACUUGAAACUUGAUAACACAAGCUCUCCAUCAUCUUUAUCAUAUAAAGGAAUGCUGCAACAACUCGAUCUUCCUUCAUCAAUCUUGAAAGCCAACUAA